UCAUGCGGUAGUACUCUGGACUGAUAAAACGGGGAAGACUGUGGAAACCGAAAUCAUUGCACAGGAAUCAGCAUUCGUCCGCUGUAAUGGGAGUUGCUGGGAUGCAACAAAAGCAGACUAUCUAUUAUCUGUUUGCAGACAAGAGAAUAUUUGGGUUGAUUUAUUGGCGGGAAGAGCGGACUACAAACAAUCAAAUAGAAAGCAAAUGCAUGAGUGUCUCUACCUAAUCCAUGCGACUUCAAUCUAUUCAUGGUUCAGACUGGGACUCCAGAGAGGCAGCUUCGAUUGUUUGAUAUAAGAUUGAGGCAGACGGAAAUCCAUGCAUUCGGGUGGAAGCAAGAAAGCAGCGAGUCACAGUCUGCUCUGAUAAAUCAGGCAUGGUCCCCCGAUGGAUUAUACAUUACGUCUGGUUCAGCUGACCCUGUAAUCCACAUCUUUGAUAUCAGGUAUAACGCUCGCAAACCUUCCCAGUCAGUCAGAGCGCAUCAGAAACGAGUCUUUAAAGCUGUAUGGAGUCACUCUCUCCCUCUCCUGAUCUCCAUAUCGUCUGAUCUGAACGUUGGAUUGCACAAGAUCAUGUGAAGUUCUUGAUCUAAGCAAUGGCCCGCUUGUUUUGCUCACUUUACCCAACUGGUUGGGAAGUUUUGUAUCUUGCUUUAAUGAGGAACAACUAAAUACAUGAAAUAUAAAGUGUACCAUGGAUAGCAAAUUUUGGGACUGAAUUGAAUAGAAAUUGAAAAGUAGAUUGGUGGGUAUACAUAUGAACUGUAAAACAAUUGAACGUUGGAUAGACUCAUUCAUGAUGUUCCCGAAUACUUUUUUUUUAUAAGAGGAAAUAGAGGGGGAGUUGAAAUGCA